AUGAAAGUCAAAAGGGUACUUGUAGAUACCGGAAGUACGGCUGAUCUUCUAACAAUGGAUUGCCUAAGGAAAAUGCAGUUUGAAGAAAAACACUUGCAACCCCUCGAUAAACCUUUGAUCGGGUUUGGGGGAAACCAGGUCGUUCCACUAGGUACCAUCGUACUACCCGUACGAGUAGGAGAGAAGGACAAAAGUAGAACGAUGCCUAUACGAUUCACGUUUGAGCGGGAUGAUGGGCAAGUGGGUAUACUCAAAGGGGACCAAGUGACAGCUCGUCAAUGUCUAGUGAGUACCCUCAAGCGAGAAACCUCCUCCACUCCCUCCAAAAGAAAGAGGGGAGACUCUUCAGCCGUCAUGAGCGUGUAUACAGACAACCCCAACGCCCACGGAAGGCCUCACCCAGUGGAACGGUAUGAGGAGGUGGAGAUGUUUGAUGGGAAACAAAUAAAGGUUGGAAAAAACCUCUCAGACGCAAUCAAGACUGAUCUCUUGGCCACCAUCGCCGAGUUCCACGAUGUCUUCGCUUUCUCCACGGAAGAGAUGCCUGGUAUCCCUACCCAUAUCACGUGUCAUAAACUUGAUAUAAAGCCAGGUUAUAAAUCCGUGAAGCAAAAGCUGCGACAUCAGGGAAGAGAGCGAAUAAAGGCCGCCAAAGAGGAGGUGGAGAAGUUAUUGAAGGCCGGAUUCAUCAGGGAAUGCAAAUAUUCAGAUUGGCUCUCCAACGUUGUUCUCGUCAAGAAAUCCAACGGGAAGUAG